AUGGCAGCUUUGGCGUCGUUAAAGAGCUCGCCUUUCGGGACCCCGGCCCGGUCGGUUACUAUACCCGACCCGGUUCACAAGACCCGACCCGGGAAAAAGACCGCGCCCCCGGAGAAGCAACCGAUGAUUGAUGAGGCAAAUCUCGACAACCCGGAUCUGGGUCCGUUUCUGCUGAAGCUGGCCCGGGAGGCGGUCGGGUCGGGCGAGAACCCGAACAAGGCGUUGGACUACGCGCUCCGGGCGGCCAAGUCGUUCGAGCGGUGUUCGGGUCCGGGUCUUGACCUGGCGAUGAGCCUGCACCUGGUGGCGGCGAUUUACUGUAGCUUGGGGAGGUUUGAGGAAGCGACUCGGGUUCUGGACCGGUCCAUUGAGGUUUCGGAUCCGGAAAACGGGUCGGAUCAUGCUCUGGCGAAGUUCUCGGGGUACAUGCAGCUGGGUGACACGUACUCGAUGCUGGGGCAGCUCGAGCAGUCUAUAGUGUGUUACGGGUCGGGUCUGAAGAUCCAGAUGGAUACUCUGGGUGAGUCCGACCCGAGAGUUGCAGAGACUUGCAGGUACCUAGCAGAGGCGCAUGUCCAAGUUAUGCAAUUUGAUGAAGCAGAGAACUAUAGUAUGAAGACACUUGAAAUUCACAGGGAGCAUAAGGGACCUGCGUCUAUUGAAGAAGCAGCUGACCGUCGUUUAAUGGCUCUCAUCUAUGAGGCGAAGGGGGAUUAUGAAUCUGCACUUGAGCACCUUGUCCUUGCUAGCAUGCUGAUGAUAGCCAAUGGGCAAGACAACGAGGUUGCCGCUAUUGAUGUGGGAAUUGGCGAUAUUUAUUUGUCUCUUUGUCGCUUUGACGAGGCUGUUUUCUCCUACCAGAAAGCGCUCACAGUCUUCAAGUCUACAAGGGGCGAAAAUCAUCCUUCUGUUGCAUCGGUUUUUAUUCGCCUUGCUGAUCUGUAUUACAAGACAGGGAAGUUAAGAGAGUCUAAAUCCUACUGUGAGAAUGCCUUGAGGAUAUAUGCAAAGCCUUUGCCUGGAAUUGUCUCCGAGGAGAUUGCCACCGGGCUGACUGAAAUUGCAGCCAUUUAUGAAGCUGUGAAUGAGCCUGAAGAGGCACUAAAGCUCUUGCAAAAGGCCAUGAAGUUACUAGAGGAUACCCCAGCACACCGAAGCACUAUUGCAGGAAUAGAAGCACAGAUGGGUGUUAUGUUCUACAUGAUUGGGAGGUUUGGGGAAGCUUGGAGUUCGUUGGACAGUGCUAUAGAGAAGCUUCGCGCAAGCGGGGAGAAGAAAUCAGCCUAUUUUGGUAUUGUGCUGAACCAGUUGGGAUUGUCUUGUGUGCAGUUGUACAAAUUAAAUGAGGCUGUUCGACUUUUUGAAGAAGCAAGGGAUAUACUUGAGCAGGAGUGCGGCAUUUGUCACUUGGAUACUCUUGGUGUAUAUAGCAACCUUGCAGCAACUUAUGAUGCCACGGGAAGGGUUGAAUCUGCAAUUGAGAUAUUAGAGUACAUUCUGAAGGUGAGGGAAGAAAAGCUUGGGACAGCAAAUCCAGAUGUUGAUGAUGAGAAGAAACGAUUAGCUGAUCUCUUGAAAGAAGCAGGAAGGGUGCGGAACAGAAAGGGAAAAUCGCUUGAAAAUCUAAUUGGCGGUUCCAACUCCCAAAGGAUGAAGAAGGAAGGAAUGAAGAGGUGGUCUGGAACUAGUUACAAAAAUUGACCAAGAAAGACUCCCUUCUUCGGCUGGUUCAUUCACUUGCUACCAGUUUUGUUAUUUAUCUGAUUUUGUAGAUAUCAUUGUAUUAGAAAAGCCUUAUGUGAUCCAAUUUCCACUGGUUGUCACUUCCCUACAAUUUAUAAGUCACUCACUUGAAUUCUGAACGUUUUAGCCUGUUUCUUAACAUCAAAUUUGGUUGGUUGUUAACUUGUUAUGACGG